AUGGUCCUCAUCAAGAGUUUCUUGGUUGGUGCUCUGGCGGCUGUUGCAGCUGCUAAGUCUGCCGUCCUAGACCUCACCCCCGACAACUUCGACAAGGUUGUGUUGAAGUCUGGAAAGCCAACUCUUGUGGAGUUCUUUGCUCCGUGGUGUGGUCACUGCAAGAAUUUGGCACCCGUCUAUGAAGAACUCGCCUCCACCUUCGAGUUCGCUAAGGACAAGGUCCAGGUUGCAAAGGUUGAUGCCGAUGCACACAGAAGCCUUGGACAGAGGUUCGGUGUCCAGGGCUUUCCGACUCUGAAGUGGUUCGAUGGCAAGAGCGACAAGCCUACUGACUACUCUAGCGGCCGGGACCUGGAUAGCUUGUCUGGCUUUAUCACGGAGAAGACCUCUGUCAAGCCGAAGAAGAAGCUAGAGAAGCCGUCCAGUGUGGUGAUGCUCAAUGAUGGCUCAUUUGCAAAGGAGAUUGGCGGUGAUAAGGAUGUCCUUGUGGCAUUCACUGCUCCCUGGUGUGGCCACUGCAAGAACCUAGCACCAACCUGGGAGACUCUAGCCGAAGACUUCGAGAACGAGCCCAAUGUCCUCAUCGCUAAGGUCGACGCAGAGGCCGACAACAGCAAGGCUACCGCCAUCGCCCAGGGCGUCACCUCCUACCCAACUAUUAAGUUCUUCCCCAAGGGCAGCGCAACUGCUGAGGAUUACAACGGCGGCCGUUCCGAGGCUGACUUCAUCACGUUCUUGAACGAGAAGGCCGGCACUCACCGCGUUGCUGGAGGUGGUCUGGAUGCCUAUGCUGGCACCAUUGAGAUCCUUGACAAGAUUGUCAGCAAGUUCUCUGAAGCUGGCGCCUCUCUUUCUGACACAGCUGCCGAGGCGAAGAAGGAGGCUGAGAGCCUGAAGGAGCAGGCUCAGUACAAGUAUGCCGAGUACUACCUCCGAGUCUUCGACAAGUUGAGCAAGAACCAGGACUUUGCUUCCAAAGAGCUUACUCGUCUGGAUGGUAUUCUCAAGAAGGGUGGCCUGGCCCCGACCAAGCUGGACGAGCUCACCAGCAAGACCAAUGUCCUGCGCCGUUUCCUCCAGAAGGCCACUGGCAAGGAUGAGCUGUAA